UCUCUUAUUGUGGAAAAUUGAUUCUCUAUACCACGGAUCAGGCCAUGAAAAUGAUGCCGGAGUUGCAUAUCAUCGACACCACGAAUCCCGACCACAUGAAAGGGUUGUCGACUGUGAUGUCCAUCAAGGAGUUGGGAAUGACUAAAGUGACGUCCAGUCUGUGGGGACCGGUCGACGAUUCGGUGAUCACUGGCCACGAAAGCGGACAUAUUGUCAAUUGGGAUAUCAAACAGAAGAAGAAAGUGAAGGAUGUAUUCGUUCAUAAGUCACAGAUCAAUGAUCUUCAGUACAGUAAAGACCAGACAUUCUUUAUAUCCGCGUCCAAAGACACGACAGCCAAGUUGUUCGAUACGCACACUCUGGAGCACCUGAAGACAUAUAAGACAGAGCGUCCGGUCAACUCAGCGGCCAUUUCCCCGAUUAGAGACCACGUGGUGUUAGGAGGAGGUCAGGAGGCCAUGGAGGUGACGACCACUGCCGCGCGCUCCGGUAAAUUCGAGGCCAGAUUUUUCCACUUGAUUUUCGAGGAGGAGUUCGGGCGAGUG